AUGUUGGUCUCAAUCAGGGCAUUCACACUCCUUCUGCCUCUACUUGCUCCUCUGGUUCCAGCACAAGCCGACGACCUCGAAUGCGACGACAAUGACCUCGCGACAUACCUUCUCUCCGUCAUUGACUCAGCUUACGACAGCGGUCUGACGAUAUUCGAACAGUACAUUGCAGCUCUAUCAGAGAAGGAAACGGGAUACACCUAUCUCGAAUCGCUACAUGAAUCAAACAAUGUCAACACUCUACUGGCACCUACCGAUGAAGCGUUCAACAAGGCCGGGAUAUCCCCUCCUUUCAACUCAUUGAGCGAGCAAGAGCUGGUCGACUUGAUCGAGUUCCACACAUUGGAACAGGACUGGACGUACAUCAACUUGCCUCAGAGCCCCGACCAUGCCAUCGCUUCCACUCUGUUGAACAUCAAAAAUCAUCUCAAUUCGACAGUUGACAGUACCGCUACGGCAGCCAUGAUACUACAGCAGGGAGAUGGAGGGAACGUGGCCGUGAGAUUGGCAGUAGGCAACGGGACGACUUGGAAAGCACCGUUGAAUCUGGAUUGGGCGGGAAUCACCAAUCUGAAAGUCUUGCCAAUCAAUACGGUACUCCCGUAUCCUCCUAAACUCUCCGCCGCUCUCACUCUGCCAACCUCUUCGCGAUCGGUCAACGGCACUAAGGCGUUCGCAGCAGCUGUCCAAGCUGGAUUUGGCCCUAACGCUCUUAACGGACUGACAAAGGAAGGCUUCACAGUCUUCGUCCCCGUAGACGAUGCCUUCACGAGUCAUGUCCAAGCGGCCCUGGUGAGCAACCCAGCGAUGGCUCAGACUGCACUGAAGGAUCAUUACACCACCUCCUUCUCGCUCUUCUCUGGAUUCUGGAAUGGCCAGGCCGCGAGCCAUUCAUACACUAUACGCGCGCAAUCGGGCGUGAAUCUCACAGUCACGCAUGCGGAGAAUGGAACCACAGUGAAGACCAGUCAAGGUGUCUCAGCGACAGUCUUGAGGUCUGAUAUUCCGCUGGAGAAUGGAGUCAUGCACCUGAUCGAUAGCGUUCUCUUUAACCCCCUCCAGGCCCCGACCACCAUCUCUUCUAUCUCAAGUGCCACUUCUGAAGCACGGCCCAGCGGCUCAGCAGGCUCCCCUGCUAGUUCAGCAGGAUCCGCUGGGCAAAGCGGAGCAGCGUGUAACAUUGUUCACAGUGGGAUGACUCUAUUGGCAGGAAUCCUAACAGCUGGCGUAUUCGGACAUUGA